AUGUUCGUCCCGAAAGCCGACAUCUCUAUGUUCUGUGUCCACGUAGAAAAGGACAGCAAGGAGUCAAUCACCUCCGGCACGGGCGAACUCCACCUCGAAGUCCACGUCGAGCGUAUGGAACGCGAGCACGACGCCGAGUGCGUCACCGGCUGGCCGUGCGCUGUGUUCUGGGAAAUAAUCACCAAGCACGUCCACUUCAACUACGCGUACAAGAAGCAAACCGGCGGUGCCGGCGCUCACAGAGGGCACCAUCUCCCCAUCUGCGGCAUGCCCUUCGUGCUCAACGAUGGCCAGACGCACUCGGUUAACUCGCUUUCCGGAUCGCGGCGAUCGGUUCUAGAGCGUGAUCGCAAACUCGGAGACCGAGGCGAGGAGUUCACCGCCGUCUCUGAGAUCCCGCUCAACGACAUGUUCGGAUGCCCGAGCACCCUCCACGGCGUCACCUCGGGCAAGGGCGAUCUCAGCAUGGAGUACAAGGACCACCCUGUCACCACCUCGCUCUCCAAGCCCAUUCCGAAAAUCUACCUAUGA